CACCCUUGCACAAAAUCAAGAUUGAGCUCCAAGGCUGUGAAAGAGACUCUGGAUAAGUCGCGAUGACAACACCAGUCUCUACGAAGAGACGGCGUCUCAUGGACGCGUCCACACAGCUCAGGAAGCCGUUUGUGUCUCCAAUGCGCGUGCCACGACUCGAAGAUGAUUCCAAACAGGCUCGGGAUCUCAAAGUGGAACCUUUCGAUCAGAUCUCUACUCCAAUCUCUGCCAACGAAAGUGCCCCAAAGAUACUGGGCGGGAGUGACACGCCUCUCCGUCACAAAUCAACUUCAGGUAAUGAGUUUCGUGAGCCAAGUCGUGAACAGUCUAUCAAUAAGCGACGCUCCUUUCCUUUGUCAUCUCAACAAAAUAAUGCUGAGGAUCUUGCUAUACAACGAGCCACCUCCUCGCUCGAGGCGCGGUCAAGGCAAGUGCAGAAGAAUCUCGAUACGCUCCGACAGGCCAAGCAGAUUUCAACAUCAACGCAAGACGCCGAGUUGGAAGAAUUGAUCGAUAAGUGGCGCUCGGCAUCGCAAGCUGUCGCCGAAGAGCUAUUUGGAACCGUCAAAGAACGAGUCUGUCGAAUGGGCGGAGUAGCAGCCUGGCGCGAGACCGAGAAGCGCAAACAUAAUCGACAUCUUGACUUCGCCCAGCAGGAACCGCCCGAUGAAGCCGACGACGAUGCUGAUUGCGAGUUUGACUCUCAAGGCGAGGAGCUUCCUGAAGAUGAACAGGAGUAUCGUAAGAAGCUGAAGCGUCAGGCUCGACAGGAAAUGAUGGAGGCUGCGGAUGUGGACGAGACUCCACUUGAGCCCGAUCCCAAUGACGCCAAGCCGAAGGUAUGGCAGGAGGAUGGCGCUGAAGACGAUGUGAGUAUCGACGAUCACAACACUGGGAUUAUUGAUAAUAGAGUCACGGCCGCUGCGUGCUGACACAUACAGACCUUUACGAUGGAUAUGAUGCUGCGAUCUCUUAACAUUGAGUUGCAUGUCAUCGGCUACGAUAAAUACUUCCA